CGACAGCCGCUAUGGAGGCCGGCAGGACUGCAGUACUUCGCGUGAAGCGGAAGCGCAGCGCAGAGCCUGCUGAAGCCCUAGUCAUCUCUUGUAAACGUCUCCGGAGCGGCGCCGUUGAGUCGGAGACCCAAAAGACACCCCCCGGGGAUCUGGAGAGGGAGCCCGAGAAUAAUGUCUUCCAAUUGGUGGCCACCGUGCGCUCCCAGGAGGAGCCAGUCCAGGCGCUCGUUCGAGCCGCACUGCGCCCUUCCCGGGGCAGCCAGCAGCGUAUCCGCCGCGACCUCCGCGCUUCGGCUCAGGAGGUGCGGCAGGAGGGCCGCUACAGGGUGAUCUCUAGCCGCCGAUCCUCCGGGAUUCCCUCGGGUGGCCUAGAGUCCGAAGACGCACCGGGAAACGCAGAAGCCUCGGAGGACGCAGGUUUCCAGCUGGUCGACCUGGUCCACGAGGAAGGAGACCCCGAGGCGGUCGCAACCUCAGGCUCUCCCAAAACAUCUGACCCAGAUGUGAUCCUCUGCAAUUCCGUACAGUUGAUCCGUGAACGGUUGACUCUGUCUGAGGAUGGACCAAGAAUCGGGCACCAGGAGGAACAGAAAGAUGACUAUGUGUAUGAUAUUUACUACUUGGAGAUGGCCACUCCAGGAUGGAUUGAGAACAUCCUCUCUGUGCAGCCCUAUUGCCAGGAGUGGGAGCUGGUGAAUGAUGACCAGGAACCAGAAGAUAUUUAUGAAGAUGACGAUGAUGAGAACAGUGAGAAUAACUGGCGCAAUGAGUAUCCAGAGGAGGAGAACACGGACGGAGAGGAAUCCAGAGGCUCAGAUGAUUAUGACAGCCUCAGUGAAGAGGAAAGAGGCAACAGCAGACCACAGAUGUGGAGCAAAUACCCUUUGGAUGUGCAGAAGGAGUUUGGCUAUGACAGCCCCCAUGACCUGGAUUCAGACUGAUGUUCCUGUGAUACCUGUGAAGUUCAGUCAUGUGCCCUGAGGUCUCUGCCUGCAGCUUCAGCCACCCUGGUAACAUCCCUGGGUUUUGUAGCUUAACACAAAAGGAAAAAGCAUGUCCAGCAGCGCCAUCCUGUCAGUGGAAACUUGAGCUAAAGGAAUUUGUCUUUUUUAAUAACAGUAGGGCCCCUUUACCUCAAUCAAAAAUGAGCUCUACAGUCUAGGGGGAAUAAAUGCCAUAAAAGUGAAGCUUCCUGGCCUGGGGAUUUUCCCGUUCUCCUCCUAAAUAUGCUAAAGCCAAUAAGUGAAAGAGAAACUCCUGUUUCCUCAGCACUAAGCUUUAGCUUUCCCAUACCACCAGGCCACUGCCUCUACUAAAAGCCGGUUCUUUUGAUAGAAUCCAGAAGGGCUACAUUGGGUCCCUAAUAGCAGCACCAACAGGAUAGCGGUGGCUGUUAGAGAGGGAAGUAGACUCUGCCUGAGCUCUGAGAAGUUUUAAGUUAUUAGCUGUCUCCACCGCCCUGCUUCCUGACUCAGAUAAUGGUUGUAGAGACUGCUGUCUUCCUUUGGCAAUGGUGCCAGGGAGAACAGGAUGUAUGAAUAUGAUACUCUGUGUUUAGUAAAAAUUAAAGGGAGCAAGAAAAUUCCUUGAAAACCUUUUUUUUUUUUUCCUUUUUUAAAGAUUUAUUUAUCUGAGAGAGAACACAAGCUGGAGGAAGGGGCACAGGGAGAGAUGGAUCCUCAAGAGACCCUCCCAACGUCGGGGGUGGGGAGAGGGAGGAUGCAGAGGAGUGAUUCCGGGACCUCGAAACUAUGACCUGAGCUGAAAUCAGCUCAGUUGGCCACCUACCCCACU